UUUUGUCUUCACUCGUUUUUCCGGUGUCUCCUGUAGCAAAAAUGUCUUCCUUUAUUGUGCGUAACGCUUUGGGGAGAUUGCCCCGCGCCAAUCUCAAAUUGAAUAAGCCGCAGGCAAGAGGCGUGUUCGGCCGAGGAUUCGGAUCCUUUGAUCCGUCUUUCCGAUCACUCAUGCGGGAUAUGGAGCGCACGUUCAACAGCCUGUAUCAGGAUGUCGGACGAACUUUCAAUCAAUCUAUGCUUCCACGAGCCCUUCCGCAUGCAUCUCUCGCUGACGAAAAGCCCAUGUAUCGUCUCAACAUUGACAUGCCGGGAUUCAAACCGGAAGAUAUCAAAAUUUCCCUAAAGGAUCGGAUGUUGAAUAUUCACGCGAAAAUGGAACGUAAAUCAGACGACGGUAGUCGGUUUUUCCAGGAAGUCUGUCGCGAGUAUCUUUUACCUGAAACGUUGAAGGUGGAAGAGCUGAAAUCGAUCUUCACCGACGAUGGGGUAUUAUGCAUUGAAGCACCCCAGCCAGAAGCUGAAAAACCGCUUGAAAUACCAAUCGAUCGUUGUGAAGUUCCGAAAAGGGAACAGCUAAAAUGAUUGAAACACAAAGAAAGUCAAACCCUCUUGUUAAUUUUUGUUACAAUUUUACUAAUGAAUGAUCUUUCCUGGGGGGAAGAAAGGAAAAUGAUGGAAAUAAACAAAAUAAUUCGAAUAAAA